CCAAUUUUUUGAUCAAAAUUUCAACAAUUAGACCAAAAACAACAUACCCAGCUCCUCCGGUCUCCUCGAAAAUGAUACAACAAGAGCUUCCAUGAAUUUUUUUUAGUGAUUGCGGAAUUCACCUUACAUGACUCUUUUGGUCAACAACUGAUACCAAAUAUUUUUGCAAUCUCUCUUCUUUCUCUGUUUCAUCACCCACAAUGAAUCACACUUAUUAUUUCUUCUUCUUCUUCGUCUUCUUCGUACUUGCCCGUGCUGAUGAUCAAAGCUUCUCCGACUGCAGUGUUCCUUACGCGUGUGGAGAACUCGUGAACAUUACAUAUCCUUUCUGGGGCAAUAUCCGACCUCGAAAGUGUGGUCUCCAACAGCUUGAGCUCACAUGUGGAAACAAUGCAUCCACAAUACUCAUCAACCAACAUGAGUAUCAGGUAGUCGGCAUAAAUACUUAUUCUCAUACAACUGAUAUACAAGUAAAACGAUCCGAACCCUCCAAUGAGAUAUGUUCUUCACCCUCAAAUAACGCAUCUUUAGUCCAUCCAUUUUAUUACCCUUCCCCUUUACAAAACUUAACCCUGCUUUACAACUGCAUAAUCCCAAAUUCUUCCACAACAAAAAUUUCUUCCUCACCUUUCAGCGGUAGUUUCACAUGUUUCCCCAUCCAGACCUCUGGUUUCUACGCAAAAGACCCCAACGAGAGCUCUGGUGUGUACGCAUGUGCUAUCCAAGUUAAAGUUCCUGUCGAAACAAAUAUUCUUACUCAACUUAUUGCUGGGAACACAUCAGUUGGACUAGGAGAGGCUUUGGGAAAGCCUUUUCUUGUAAGUUACGACUACACUAACUAUAGUAUUCUCUGUGAUGCUUGUGAGAAAUCCGGAGGGAAUUGUGGAACCAAUUUGACUGCAGCUUCGCAGGAUUCACCGGAGUUCAUCUGCUUCUGUCGAGACAGACCUCAUCCUUUAACUUGUGAUGAUCACAUUACAGCUGACGAUGGUGGUAGAAACCAGACUCAUCCACCUGCUUGCGUUGCAUGUCACCGUAGAGGAGGUGCAUGUCAGACAAACAGCAAAGGAGAAAUUCAAUGUCGCAUUGCAAAUGAAGGAAGAGAUCAAUCGAGAUGGAAGCUGAAGGUUGGUAUAGGAUUUGGGAGCGUAGCCAUUAUGUGCACCAUGAUACUAAUUGUUUUCUACGUCAAACGAAAGAUUCUAUCAUAUAAGGAUGAUCAAGAACUUGAGGCAAUUAUUCAUGAUUACGGUCCUUUACCUCUGAAAAGAUAUAGUUUCUCAGAUAUAAAGAAGAUCACAUGCUCUUUCGAAGAAAAAUUAGGACAAGGGGGUUAUGGGUGUGUCUACAAGGGAAAACUACUUGACGGUUGUCUUGUUGCAGUGAAGGUCCUAAACACUACAAAAGGGAAUGGACAAGAUUUUGUCAAUGAGGUUUUGAGCAUUAGCAGAACUUCCCAUGUCAACAUUGUCACUCUUUUGGGAUUCUGUUUAGAAGGAAACAAAAGAGCCCUCAUAUAUGAAUUCAUGUCUAAUGGGUCUCUCGAAAAGUUUCUAUAUGACAAGAGUAACACAAAUGCCAAUCACCAUUUCUUGGGAUGGGAAAAUAUGUUUCGAAUUGCAGUCGAGAUUGCUCAAGGGCUUGAAUACUUGCACCGAGGCUGCAAGACCAGGAUUCUACAUUUCGACAUAAAGCCUCACAACAUCCUUUUAGACGAAGAUUUUUGUCCAAAGAUCUCUGAUUUUGGGUUAGCAAAACUCUGCAUUAAGAAAGAAAGUAUUGUGUCAGUCCCUGAGGCUAGAGGCACCAUCGGAUACAUUGCUCCAGAAUUGUUUAGCAGAAACUUUGGAGGAGUUUCACACAAGUCUGAUGUGUAUAGCUAUGGAAUGAUGAUCCUUGAGAUGGUUGGAGCGAGAAAAAACACGAACAUCAACGGAGAAAAUAGCAGUGAGAAGUAUUUUCCACAUUGGAUCUAUAAACGACUUGAAGAAGAAAAUGAUUUCGGAUGGAAUGGUGGUGAUAUGACUGAAUUGGAAAAUGAAGCUGCAAGGAAGAUGGUCUUGGUGGGUCUGUGGUGCAUACAAACCGAUCCAUCGCAGAGGCCUAACAUUAGUAAGGUCUUGGAUAUGUUGAAAGGAAGUGUAGAAAAUUUGCAAGUCCCGCCACGACCUUUUGUAGCUUCUCCUUCAAGAUCACUGCUGUUAGAGUCUUUCAGCUCUUCAGUUUUGUGACAAUAAAUGUAUGCCCCAUCGGUUGAACAGAGAGGGAUGCAGUUUUGUAACAACAAAGGUGGAUCAUCCAUGUAAAAAAGAUUUAUUUCUUUAUUUUUGUUUUGGAUAAAUCGAUCAUGAGGUUGUCAUUGAUUUUUUGAGGAAGGGAGAAUCAAUUGUGAGUUCCUCGAAAAUAUUCAAGUUAAAUGACAAGUCUAUACAUUUUCUUGUGC